AAUAAAAUGAAUACUUAUGAAAUUACCUAUAGAAAAAUAAAACUCUUAAACCCAUAAUUUCACAAAUGUCAAUGUUUAAGCACACUUUAGAUGUACAUUUUCAUGCUUUCAUCACUAGAGCUACUCCAGUUGAGGAUGUCGAGGAAGUGCAUAUUGACGACAGAGGUCUAAGCAGAAAGACACAAAUUGGAACUCGGUUGAGCCUGAAGGAAAGAGCAGAGCUAAUAGCUUUUCUCCAAGCUAACAACGAUGUCUUCGCUUGGACUUCGGUAGACAUGCCAGAAAUUCCAACCUCGGCAAAUGGUAAAUGGCGAAUGUGCAUCGACUACACAAAUCUCAACCAAGCUUGCCCCAAGGACUGCUAUCCGAUGCUAAGCAUUGACAAAUUGGUUGAAGCGGCUUCUGGAAAUGAUAGAUUAAGUCUCUUGGAUGCAUAUUCUGGUUAUCACCAGGUGCCGAUGGCUCUGGAAGAUGAAGAGAAAACCUCGUUCUAUGCUGGUGACGAAAUUUAUUGCUAUGUCAUGAUGUCAUUUGGCUUAAAGAACGCAAGUGCUACUUACCAGAAAAUGGUGACCAUCGUCUUCCGAGCUAAGAUCGGCAAGAAUCUAGAAGUUUAUGUCGAUGACAUUGUGGUAAAGAGCUUGAAAGCAGAAAACCAUCUAGCUGAUCUCGUUGAAACUUUCAACAACCUCAGAAAGAACAGAAUGCGGUUAAACUCAACCAAAUGUAUCUUCGGUGUGGAGUUUGGGAAAUUUCUAGGCUUCAUGGUUUCCCAAAGAGGGAUUGAGGUCAACUUAGAAAAGAUCAAAAAGAAGUUUGAAUGGAACCAAGAAUGCCAAGCUGCAUUCGAUGAGCUGAAGUCUUAUCUUAGCUCACCACCCCUACUGACUAAGGCUAUGGAUGGAGAAAUUCUCUAUUUGUACCUCGAUAUUUCAGAUGAAACAAUUAGUUCAGUUUUGGUGAGAGAAGAAGGCAAACACCAGCAACCAAUUUAUUAUAUCAACAGCGUGUUGCACAGAGCAGAACUGAGAUACCAAAGUGAGCAUGCUCUGAAAUUUAACUUCGAUGCAACAAACAACAUCGCUGAGUAUGAAGCUCUGCUACUUGGUUUGCAACUAGCAUUGGAGCUGAAAGUCAUAGCGAUAGAAGUAUACAGUGACUCGCAGCUUGUGGUUAAUCAAGUCAACUCAAUCUGCGAAGUUGUUGAUCCUGUGAUGAUGACAUGUAUAGCCUUGGUGGCCGACCUAAACUCUUUAAGCUCCAAAUCAGUUUUCGUGGAAGUUUUAGAUGAACCAAGAUUCAUGAAGCCACAAAUGAUGGAGAUCAGCACAAACCUAGAUACAUAUAGCUGGACUAAUCCAAUUAUCUCAUUUUUAGAAGACGGGACAGGACCUAAAGACAAGCAAGAAGAAAUGAGGUUGAAGAAGAAAGCGUCUCGAUAUACACUCAUCAAUGGGGUUCUCUAUAAAAGAUCUUUCUCACUCCCUCUUCUACGGUGCUUGAAUCCCUAUGAAGUUGAGUACACACUUCAGAAAGUGCAUGAAGGUGUCUGUGGGAGCCACAUUGGUGCUAGAACCCUGGCUCACAAAGUCCUCAGGCAGGGAUAUUACUGGCCGAAUAUGUAUAAAGAUGAUAUUCACUUUGUUCAGAGAUGCCCGAAAUACCAAUUCUUCGCACAUUUGACUCACCAACUAGUAGAAGUGCUCACGAACUUGGUAGUACUGUGGCCAUUUGCUCAAUGGGGACUUGAUCUUUUGGGCCCAUUCAUGAAAGGGGUUAAAGGUGUAACCCAUUUGAUUGUUGGAGUUGAUUAUUUUACGAAAUGGGUUGAAGCUUGGCUAUUAUUCAGUCUUACUUCCAAAAAGGUCGAAGACUUUGUUUUUGGGUCAAUUAUCUACAGAUAUGGGAUUCCGAACCAGAUUGUGGCCGACAAUGAAUCUGUUAAUAAAGCUAUUUUAGAAGGAAUAAAGCCGAGGUUGAAACAGCACAAGGCCAAGUGGGCAGACGAGCUCAACAAUGUUCUUUGGGCAUAUAGAACUAUGAGCCGAACUGCCACAGGUGAAACACCUUACCACCUGGCCUUUGGUAUCAAAGUAGUUAUUCCUAUUGAAAUAGGAGUCAUAAGCCUCUGGGUCACCUAUUUCGAUGAAGGACGAAAUGGACAACUACUUCAGGAAAACCUUAAUCUGCUUGCUAAAGUCAGAGAAGAAGCACAAUUUCGAACUCUUGUAUACAAGCAGAAAUUAGCCAACUUCUACAACAAACAAGUUUGCCCUCAAACAUUCAAAGUAGGAGACCUUGUUCUCAAAAAGGCUGGCCUAAUAGGGUUUGAAACUCGUUUUGGCAAAUUGGCCCCAAACUAGGAAGGCCCUUAUAUAGUGGCCGAAGUGCCACAUUCUCGUGGCUAUGUCCUCCAAGAUGCGGAAGGGAAGAGAGUUCCUAGAGUCUGGAAUAUUAAUAACUUGAAGAAAUUUUACCCCUAAUAAACUUCUUUCAAGUGA